CUUUGGGAGAAAUGAAUGCUUGGCACUGUCCUCUUGCUCCACGUCUUAAACCAUCAUGAGUAGGACUCACUUAUUUAUAAAAGCAGAGGCCACCUGCUUUCUUUCCAGGAUUCGUUGCUGCGUAUCACUUAAAGCAAAAGCCAGAAAGUUCUAAAUUUGCUUGUUAAAGUUGGAGGGAAGUGGGAAGUAGAACUUGUGGAAUUGUGGGACCUGUUGCUUGGCAACUUUGAGUUCAGCUUCUGUAUUCUCUGAGCCGGCGGAGUCACAGAGUUUGCUGGGCUGGGUUGAUUAUUUCCCACUACAAAAAGGAAAUUAAUUCUGCAUGACAGAGAGGGCUCGAAAAGCUGUCCUUCAAAGUGGGCCAUGUCACACUUCUUCUACUUGACACCACAGAUUCUUCUGCCUUUCAGCCCUCUCACUUCUCAAGAGUUUGACGUGAUCAGACGGAAGGCUGCAGCAUCUUGGCAGGAUGAAGUGAGGUGGUCAGAUUUGUCGGUGACAACGUACACGGGCAGUUACAGGAAAAAGCGGCUGGACGAGUCCACAGGCGGCUGGCUCAAAGCAGGACAGCCCUGGCCUGGCCAUCGCAAGAUGGCAUUCCCAAACUGCUUUGCUGGCAGGGCUGAGCUCCACGGGACCACAGAUGCUAAAGGACUGUUACCGCAUAUAACCAGUUCCUUUAAAAAUUCAUUUAUUGUCAAGCAUGGAGUGGCACACCAAAUUCUGUCUGGGGAUUCUCCUCCAGCACCUCCACCUCCAGGUUAUGAAAGACCAUUCUGUCUGUUUACACUAGAUGUCAGACUUAAAAAGCCAGCACCGAAGAACCUGAUGAAGUACAGUCUUCUAAGGAGAGAGCUCCUGAAACAUAUCCAGCUGGCAAGAAUUAUGGAUGGGAGAACAGCUAACUCAUAAAGAAGAGGUCCUGAUGGAUAACCUCAGACCAUUCAGACCUUGGACAGAAGAAUGGGCCCCUUGGUCCACAGAGCCACACUUUAUUUACCCCGGGGCCGGCAUUAUGGGCAUUUGCUUUCUUAGUGAAUUGUAAUUACUUGCAAAAUAAACCUCAUUUUGUGUGGGA